ACAUAUCUUCCUUCAAUCAUCAAGAAAGAAACAUUAUAACAGCUUUUUUUUUUCGAACUUGUUGAAUAUGGAAAGAGUGAUGAAGUUGGGAGGAGAAAGUCCAGUGGUGAUUUUCACUAAGAGUAAUUGUUGCAUAUCUCACAGCAUUGAAACCCUAAUUCGUAGUUUUGGUGCAAACCCUACGAUUUAUGAGCUUGAUGAACUUCCAAAUGGGAUGGAAAUGGAGAAAGCAUUGGUUGAAUUAGGGUGUAAGCCUAGUGUGCCAGCAGUGUUCAUUGGGAAAGAAUUAGUUGGUGGUUCAAAUGAGAUAAUGAGCCUUAAUUUGAGGGGCAAUAAGCUCAAGCAAUUGCUUAUAAGGGCUAAAGCCAUUUGGGUAUAAUUAUAAUAAAACUAUAUAUUUGUGAUCGUUUAGAAAAAUAGAUAGCUUGCCAGUUAUUGAAUAUUUAAUCUACUGGUAGCUAGUUGUUGUUCUUCUCUUUUCUCCCAUUUAAUUUAUACUUUAUGUAUUUGUUAACUGAUUUUAAGAAAUAAUAUUAUUAGUAU